AUGGCUCUUCAUAUGUUGCUCUUAUUGAACUUCCUCGUGGCCAUCUCAAGCUCAACUGCAUCAGAUCUACUUCAGAACUCGGACUUCGAGUCUCCCCCGACCGGCAUCACUGCCUCCAACGCCACCACUCCGGUCCUCUUGAUGGAGUCCAAUAACAUACCCAGCCGGUCCUUUGGCGGCAUCGUUUUUCACGUGACGUCCGGCCUCGACGUCUCUUUGCCCGAUAACAGCCAUGGGAUUUUGCUUGGUCGAGGCGGUAAGAUCAACCAGAUGUUCAGAGGCGAUGGAGAGACCACGGACUAUGUUCUUACCUUCACUCUUGCUCCCGGGAAUGAAGCGUGUCCGCACAAUUUCACGGCGAGUGAACAUCAAAUGAUCCUGACCUUGUGGUUUUACAAAAGCUCAGAGACCUGCAGAGUGAGAUGUGUGACUGAUGAGUCAACUGAUAAAAACAAUAUCAUGCUGUCAAACAACGGAUUCGAAGUUGGUCCCGCAUUCCUCGGCAACUCGAAUCAGGGAAUUCUGCUCCAAGAAGAACCAGAUCAAGAACGGUUAGAGUCCCUCCUCCAGCAGUGGCUCACUGGCUCGGGAUAG